CAAACACGUCGCCAGUGCGCAGCUGCCCACUCAACAUGGUUUGAUGCUUGUAUGGUGGAUGUACCAGCAGCAGAAACUAUAGUAGAAGAGCAGGGAGACUUCUCUUUAACCCACGCUUCUUGAAGGCCGACAGGUGUCACACCAUCGUCGUGUGGAACUCAUCUGAAGAAUUUACAAUUGACUUGUUUCUUUGAGGACUUCCAGAAUCUGAACGCAUGAAUAGAUGCAGAGCAUGGUCCAUUGUCAUCCUACAGAGGAGUGACAGUGUCCCUGCCAGGCCCACUGGGAGAGGACCAUGGCCCUGAGUGAUGUGAGCGUAGACCAUCUGGCCCUCAGUAAUGGAGGCCACCAUCCUCUGUGUGCCAACGGGACUGCUGCCCCCCCAAAUACCAUUACACUUGUCAGCAACAGCCAGGACCCUCUCACAGCUGCCUCCAGCAGUGAUGGGGAUGAGCAUGUGACUGUGAAGGAUGUACCGUCUAAAGUUCACCAGAAACCACAAAGAUCACUUGUUGUCCAGAGAGCAAACAGACCGAGGCAAAAUGGCGGCGUGGUCAAACAGAACGGCUCCGUGAGGAACCUUUCUCCGUCCUCUGCCCCCACCGCAAAUUCUUCCUCCGUCGCCGUCGCCGAAUCCCAGAGGCUGGCCGGCCGCCACCCGCCCUCCGCGCACUCCCCGCCCCCCUCCUCACCACCUCCUCUCCAGCCUCCGCCACUUUGCUGCCAGCACUGUCACGUCCACGCCACCCUCUGCUGCCCCUGCGGACAGCAGGAUUGUCCGCUCUUUCAGAAUCCAGGCACAGGCGCAGGCACGGGGCCUGGCUCGGUGCCCCCUCACCCCGGGACGACUUCCUCCUGCCCCUGCUGCCUCUCUGCCUGCACUUACACCCACCCUCAUCCCCAUCCUCCUCACUCAUCCUCCCCUCUGUGCCUCCAUCAGCACCAUCACCAGCGUUGGCAGGAGCACCUCCAGAGUCAUACACAUACCACAGGAAUCAGCCCUGCAAGGCCCUUUCGUUUCCCCAAAAGCUAUGCUGAGCUGAUAGCUGAUUGGCCGGUGGUAGUGCUGGGAGUGUGCACAGUGCUCAUCGUGGUGUGUGCCCUCGUGGGCAUCCUGGUGCCUGACCUGCCUGAUUUCUCUGACCCACUGCUGGGUUUUGAACCUCGGGGAACUGCUAUAGGCCAGCGACUGGUCACAUGGAACAACAUGAUUAAGAACACAGGCUACAAAGCCACGCUGGCCAACUACCCUUUCAAAUACGCUGAUGAACAGGCCAAAAAUCACCAAGAGCCCAGGUGGGUUGAAGACCACUUCGACAGAGACAAACGACAAGCAGAGUGGGACUUCAGCAAGGAGUUCUUCUGUGAUGUGCCUGGUGACAGUUACUCCAGACUGGUGUUUACGUCGGCUGAGGGGAAGAACCUGUGGAAUAUUCAGGCCAUCAAAUCAAUGUGCAAUCUGGACAACACCCGGGUACGGUCGCACCGUGACUAUUGGAGUCUUUGUCAGCGCACAAAUGACGCCUCCUGUUGCCCCAGCUGGACUCUGGGUAACUACAUUGCGGUCCUCACCAACAGGUCGUCCUGCCAGAAGAUCACCGAGCACGAUGUGUCGCACACACUCAAGAUCCUACGCUCAUGUGCCAAGUACUACCACAAUGGCACACUGGGCCCCGACUGCUGGGACAUGGCCCUGAGACGGAAGGACCAGCUGAAGUGUGGCAGUGUUCCACGGAAGUGCACCAAGUACAACGCCGUCUACCAGAUCCUUCACUUCCUGGUGGACAAGGACUUCCUCAGUCCCAAAAGCCUGGAGUAUCCUCCUCCCGUGCUCAAGUACAGCAUGCUCUUCUCGCCCACAGAGAAAGGAGAGUCCAUGAUGAACAUUUACUUGGACAAUUUUGAGAACUGGAACUCGUCGGAUGGCAUCACGACAGUCGCGGGCAUCGAGUUCGGCAUCAAACACGACCUCUUCCAGGACUACCUUCUCACAGACACGGUGUACCCCGCCAUUGCCAUUGUGAUCGUCCUGUUGGUCAUGUGUGUGUACACGCGGUCAAUUUUCAUCACACUGAUGACAAUAAUUGCCAUCAUCAGCUCCCUGAUUGUGUCUUACUUUCUCUACCGCAUGGUCUUCAACUUUGAGUUUUUCCCCUUCAUGAACCUCACGGCUCUCAUCAUCCUCGUGGGCAUCGGCGCAGACGACGCCUUUGUGCUUUGCGACGUGUGGAACUACACCAAGUUCGACAAACCCAACGCGGAGCUGUCGGAGACGGUCAGCGUGACCCUGCAGCACGCCGCUCUCUCGAUGUUUGUCACCAGCUUCACCACCGCCGCAGCUUUUUACGCCAACUACGUCAGCAACAUCACCGCCAUACGCUGUUUCGGCAUCUACGCUGGCACUGCCAUUUUGGUCAACUUCAUCCUCAUGGUGACGUGGCUCCCGGCUGUGGUGGUGCUACACGAGCGCUACCUGCCCAACAUGUUCACCUGCUCGAAGCCUCCGCACCAGCAGGGAGGUUUCUGCACCCGCACGUUCUGGGCCGGUCUUUGUCAGAAGGCCAGCAAAUGCCUGUUUACCGUCUCUGAGGCAUCUCGGAUCUUCUUUGAGAAGGUGCUACCCUGCAUUGUCAUCAAGCUGCGCUACCUCUGGCUCUUCUGGUUCCUUGCCAUCACAGUGGGCGGGGCCUAUGUAGUCUGCGUCAACCCAAAGAUGAAGCUCCCGUCUCUGGAGCUGGCAGAGUUUCAGGUGUUCCGAUCCUCUCACCCGUUUGAGCGCUAUGACGCCGAGUACAAGAAGCUUUUCAUGUUCGAGAGGGUCCAUCACGGUGAGGACCUCCACAUGCCAAUAACUAUCAUCUGGGGUGUGACCCCUGUGGAUAACGGGGACCCCCUGAACCCCAAAAACAAGGGAAAGCUGAUGUUGGACAGCAGCUUCAACAUUUCCAGUCCAGCGUCUCAGCUGUGGAUCCUCAACUUCUGUCAGAAACUGAGGAACCAGAGUUUUGUCUUCCAGUCAGAGGAGCAGGACUUUACCAGCUGCUUCAUUGAGACUUUUAAACAGUGGAUGGAGAACCACGACUGCACAGAGGGCUCUGUCUACCCCUGCUGCAGUCAGUCCACCUUCCCCUACAAGUCCGACGUCUUUGAGUUGUGCAUCAAGAGAGCCAUUAUGGAGCUGGACCGGAGCACUAACUACCAUCUGGACAGCAGGACCCCCGGACCCCGCUUUGAUAUCAAUGACACCAUCAGAGCCAUAGUGUUGGAGUUCCAGAGCACCUAUCUCUUCACUCUGGCUUAUGAGAAGAUGUACCACUUUUACCUCGAGGUGGAUGCCUGGAUUGCAGAGGAGCUGCGUUACGCCCCCACGGGCCUGAGUCACGGCUGGUUUGUCAGCAACCUGGAGUUUUACGACCUGCAGGACAGUCUGUCCGAUGGCACCCUGGUUGCCAUGGCGCUGUCGGUGGCCGUGGCUUUCAGUGUCAUGCUCCUGACCACCUGGAAUGUCAUCAUCAGUCUGUACGCCAUCCUCUCAAUCGCCGGCACCAUAUUUGUAACGGUGGGCUCCCUGGUGCUUCUGGGCUGGGAGCUGAACGUCUUGGAGUCCGUCACCAUUUCCGUGGCAGUGGGUCUGUCAGUGGACUUCGCAGUCCACUAUGGUGUGGCUUACCGGCUCGCUCCAGAGCCCGACCGCGAGGGGAAGGUGAUCUUCUCCCUCAGUAGCAUGGGCUCCGCGAUUGCAAUGGCUGCACUCACCACCUUUGUAGCCGGAGCCAUGAUGAUGCCCUCGACUGUAUUGGCUUACACACAGCUGGGCACAUUUAUGAUGCUGAUCAUGUGCAUCAGCUGGGCCUUUGCCACCUUCUUCUUUCAGUCCAUGUGCCACUGCCUUGGACCUCAGGGUAAAUGUGGCCAGAUUCCGCUGCCCAAGUGGAUGCACUGUCCGGCUUUCCCCGUGGACACGUCUGAAAACGCCUCCGCUCCAGGGAAAAGCUCCGGCCAAGCAAAGUACCAGCUGGACAGCAGGGGUGGGCAGGCGGAACACUACGAGUUAGAGCCACUGGCGUCCAGUCAGAAAAGCGAGGACAAACCUCGAGAGGAGCAGGAGGCCUGUGCUCGGCUUUAUAAUGGAAUCCCCCCUCAACACAACGCCCUGUACUCGCACAUCCAUUACAAGAAUAGAAGUGAGACUGGCAGAUCCAGCUCUGAGAACGGGUUUGUCAGGUGCCAGUACUCUCAAAACACAAACUGCACGUGUGGGGACUCCUCCCCUCCUCACCUGCCACAGCAGUUGCCCCCGCACACCUGCACUCAGCCUCCACAGGACUCCACUUCCUGUCCUCCCACCCCUCAGCUCUUUCCUCGCUCAGGAAACACACCGUCGUGCAAACAAAAUACUUCCGUCUUACCUCCAAACCUGGACCCGGUCUACACACACAUGGAGUGUCGCAUGCACUAUAUACACUGUCACCCCGCCCACUUCCACCACUGUUCCCAGGGCAGAGUGGCGCCCAGGCAAGGACCUGUGCACAGCUGCCAUCUCAGGAAGUACUGCGUCCAUACUGCAAACCUGCAGGCGGCUUCAGCACGAGAACAGCAGUCCACAGGACCAGAUCCAGCCUCUGGUCCAGAGUCUACGGGACAGGAAGAAAAUCAUAGACCUCAAAUAAGUCAGUCGACUCACUCUCAGUGCCCCUCCCCCUCGCCGGACUCACCGCACACAGCUUGUCCUGAGAGACAGAAGGUGAGGGACUGAGUCCAUUGUUGUGGUGAUAACCAUGUAUCCGCCACGACCACAGAAACAGCAACGCACAUGGAUGCUUGUUGUAAAAUCCCUGGCAACCAGGAGAAGCUCCAAAAGUAUUCCCGUCACACGGGAGCAAAGUGUCAAAGAAGAGUGCGAGCGAGCGAGCGAGCGAGCGUCCUCCGCCUCGCCAAAGAAGCUCUGCUUGUUUUAACAGGACGUUUGAAAGUGAAGUGGAAUUCAGUUUCAGAGUUUAACUUGCCAAAAAGUGCCUCCUAAUCCAAAUAAACACUUACCCCCCUCCCCCCCGUGAGAGCUUAUGUCGGCGAUAAAUAAAAACCUAGUAAUUAUUAAAGAAGAAAAGGAAUGACACAUUCAAUGUCUCAGUGUUUGUUUGCUGACCAAGUGCCUCAGUGUGUUUCAUACAACGUGCCACAUUAUGUUUUAGAUUUCUUCGCUAAAGCUCCGUCACGAUCAGUUUUGUCGUCUCCUCUCGCUCGUUCUUGCAGACUUCAGUGUUCGCCGCACGGCAGCCGACGUUUGCACCGACAGGAAACCGUGCAGUUAAUAUGGUGACGUGUGUGCGAUCAGGAUUACAUGUUGUCAGGUAUCACCACACCGUCUUCGACAACAACACAAAAAAAAAAGAGAAAAACAACACGUUACAUGUUUACAAGCUGAAGAAAACACUUUUUGUUGUUGUUUGUAUUUUAUGGGAGCUCGUGUUCAAGUCGCCACAUGCCUCAGAUAAAAAGAUGUAUGAUUAAAGUGUUAUUUUUUAUCACCA